ACACAGUAAGACAGAGAGACUGAGAGAAGGUGGAUGGGACUGGAAGAAGUAGAAGAAAAAGGGAAAGAAAACAAGUGUUAAACCGGAUAAAAACAAGUAUGCCGAACUUCGCAGGGACCUGGAAGAUGAAAAGCAGUGAAAAUUUUGAAGACCUCCUCAAGGCCCUUGGGGUGAAUGCCAUGCUAAGGAAAGUGGCCUGUGCUGCGGCCUCCAAGCCUUCGGUGGAAAUCCGUCAGAACGGUGAGCAGUUCUACAUCAAGACCUCGACCACCGUCAGGACCACAGAAAUCAACUUUCAGAUAGGACAAGAGUUCAACGAGGAAACUGUGGAUGGACGAAAAUGCAAGAGCUUGGCCACAUGGGAGACUGAAAAUAAGAUCAACUGUAAGCAGACACUGUUGGAUGGAAAUGGCCCGAAGACCUACUGGACCCGAGAGCUGAGAGGGGAUGAGUUAAUCCUGACGUUCGGAGCGGAUGACGUGGUGUGCACAAGGAUUUAUGUGCGGGAAUGAGCCCCAUGAGAACCAGAUGAAGAAAUCAGUCAGCGCUCACAAGAGUGACAUUUCAUUUCCAUGUUACAUUACAGGGCUUUUUGUACCAAUUUGUAGAAACCUGUGGAUUAGCUUUCUUACCCAUACUGGACCAUGAAUCGUAUAGACACAUGUAAUACUACUUAAGCGCUAUUCAUUCUAUAUCUUGUCAUAUAUUUCUUACAUUUUUUAUGUUCAAUUGGUUUGUACUAGUUUCAUUAAAAGUAUGAUAAAUAA